AUGUUCGCUGCAACGCGGCGGUGGUUCCGUCGCAACAGAACGCCCAUUGCCAUCGGCGUGGGCGUCGUGGGUGCCGGCUAUGUCGUCACCCAGUACGUCCUCAACAAGCUCAACGAUGCCCGCGAGCGCAUGAGCGGUGACCGCAUAGCCAAGGAGAAUCUGCGGCGCCGCUUCCAACAGAACCAAGAAGACUGCACGUACACCGUGCUGGCCUUGCUACCCACAGCGACCACGCGGAUACUGGAGUCAAUGGACGUGGAGAAGAUUACCCUCGAAAUCCAGCAGAUGAAAGGCGGGAAUGGCUCCAAGUCAGUCAAGAGCGGGAGCGGCGACUCGAUGAGCCUGCCCGAGACAAUAGGCAUGACCGACGAGGACGGCCGGAGCAUCGUGUCCACGAGCGAGAGUGGCGUGCACGCCAGCCAGAUCACAGUGCCACCGGCCAGCCAGACGUCAGAAGGCGAGCAGCCACCACAGCCAGACAAGCCCAAGAGGACGAAGCGGCAGCUGUGGGGUGACGUGACCAUCAGCUCUAUAACAAGGGCCUACACCCUAAUCUACACCUUGGGCCUCCUCACCAUGCUCACCCGCGUGCAGCUCAACCUCCUCGGCCGCCGCAGCUACCUCUCCAGCGUCGUCUCCCUCGCGACCGGUUCCAACACGGCGACCAUCAGCCUUGAGAACAACGACGAUGACAACUCGGCCCAGGCCUAUGGCGACGACUUCGAGGUCAACCGCAAGUACCUGACCUUCAGUUGGUGGCUGCUCAACAAGGGCUGGCUGGACGUGGCGGCGCGGGUCGAGGCCGCCGUGCGCCAAGUCUUCGGGCAGACCAGCCCGCGCGACCAGCUCACCCUCGAGACCUUCGCCGCCAUGACGGGCCAGGUGCGCCGGCUGGUCGAGGGCUCGGCGGCCUUCUCGGACCCGGCGGCACCGGCAGUCGCGCCGACUAAGUGGCUCUCCUUCCUGCUGCCCCCGCCCGACAAGGAGGAGUACGUACUCAAGGAGUCGGGCAUCCUGGACGACAGCGCAGCGUCCGCGACACAGGCCCAGGGCGAGGACCCAUCAUCACAACAGCCACCUUCAUCACCCAACUCCACCGCCUCCCUCCGUCGGCUGCUGGACGAGACAUCAGACCUGAUCGAGUCGCCGACCUUCACGCACGUGCUGACGCAGCUCCUAGACGCCGGCUUCGGCACGCUGCUGGACACCAAGCUGGCGCAGGGUGCCUUUGACCUGGCGCCCUCGCCACCCCAACCCUCCGCACAGGAAGCAGCAGCAGCAGCACCACUCACGAUAGACGCCAACGGCGUGGGCAUCAGCCUGGAGCGGCAGCGGCAGCGCGCCGAGAAGAAGGUCCUGCUGCCCAAGUGCCUGUCGGUGCUGACGAAGCAGGCGCACGCCGUGGGCGGCGGGGUCCCCGGCAACGAGUACCUGUCCGCCAUGGAGGCGGUGCGCGACCUCGAGGGCUUCGCGGCGCUCGUCUACUCCAGCAACUGGGAGAACGAGGUGCGCGACGCCGAGGUCCCUGCCGCGCCCUCGACGACCACGGCUACCACCACCACCACCGCGGCCGAGUCGAGCGUGCGCCAGUCGCGGGUGCUGGGGCUGGGGGACGGUGAGGGUGAGGGGAGCAUCGUGCUUGUGGACCCGUCGCAGAGCUCGUUUGAGAGCGCGUGGGCCAAGGCGACUGAGAAGGCAUCGUAG